AUGCUUCAACUGCUGAUCGUUGUGGCCUUCUCCUCUGUUCCUCUGACUCUCUACAUUCCGCCCGUACGCAACUUCAAUCUCUUCGUCCACACCCUCCAGUCUUUUCUACAAGAUUCCUCUCUCUUCUCCUUUCGCGCCUUUUUUCGUAUCCGACUCGCUUUCUCCCGCAUCUUCAACUCCAUCGUCCACGUUACCUGGUAG